AAGUGAUUAUUAUUCUCUCGAUUUAUUGUUUCGUAUCCAUUUAUAUAAAUAUCGAUCAUUAGUUCCUAGCUAGGUACGUAUAGAGGAAGAUCGAGAUGGAGUUUAGGUUAUGUUCACGUCCACAUUUUCUCCUUGUGGUGUUCGUCGGCCUCCUAGCGUUGGAAGCUAUAACCAUGGUCUCGGGAUUCGACUAUGGGGAUGCCCUAGACAAGACCUUGUUGUUUUUUGAGGCUCAAAGGUCUGGAAAGCUACCAUACAACAACAGAGUUAAGUGGCGCAAGGAUUCCGCCAUGCGCGAUGGAUAUGCCCAAGGAGUGGACUUGGUAGGAGGAUAUUUUGAUGCAGGAGAUCAUGUGAAGUUUGGGCUUCCAAUGGCCUUUUCGGUCACGAUGAUGGCAUGGGCUGCAAUUGAUUUCAACAAGGACUUAUUAGCCGCGAAUCAAUUGGAUCAAACAUUACAAGCUAUUCGAUGGGGAACUGAUUAUUUCAUCAAGGCCCAUACUCACCCUAAUGUUCUUUGGGGACAGGUGGGAGAUGGAGCAUCUGACCAUCUUUGUUGGAUGAGACCGGAGGACAUGACAACAUCAAGGACGGCUUACAAGCUAGAUUCGUCUAACCCUGGCUCUGAUUUAGCCGGAGAAACUGCAGCCGCCUUAGCUGCCGCCUCGUUGGCUUUCCGGCCUUACAACUCUUCUUAUGCUCAUGUUCUUGUGUAUCAUGCUGAGCAGCUUUUCUACUUCGCGGAUACAUUUAGAGGCUUAUAUGAUGAUUCAAUCACAAAUGCUGCAGAUUACUACACAUCCUCUGGCUAUCAAGAUGAACUGUUAUGGGCUGCGGCGUGGUUGUAUAGAGCAACUAACAAAGAGCACUACUUGCAGUAUGUGGUGCAAAAUGCUGCUUCCAUGGGCGGUACUGGUUGGGCCGUUAAGGAAUUCUCUUGGGAUAACAAGUACGCCGGAGUUCAAGUCCUCCUUUCUAAGAUAUUGUUGGAAGGUAACGGCGGAUCAUAUACAUCGACAUUGAAUCAGUAUCAAGCCAAGGCAGAUUACUUUGCUUGCUCUUGCCUACAAAAGAAUAAUGGCUAUGAUGUUCAGCUUACUCCUGGUGGCUUAGUGUAUGUGCGCCAGUGGAACAAUAUGCAAUACGCAGCCUCUGCUGCAUUCCUCCUCGCCGUGUACUCUGACUACCUAUCCCAAGCAAAGGCUGUUGUAAACUGCCCUGAAGGAGCCUCGAAACCACAAGACCUCUUCAACUUUGCCAAGUCUCAGGCAGAUUACAUCCUAGGACAAAAUCCUAACUCCAUGAGUUACUUGGUUGGUUUUGGAAACAACUACCCGAAACAAGUGCACCACAGAGGAGCAUCCAUUGCCUCAAUCUCUGUACACAACUCUCCGGUCGGGUGUGUCCAAGGGUUUGAAGAAUGGUAUCAUCGUACAACUGCGAACCCAAAUGUCAUACAUGGAGGCCUUGUAGGAGGUCCGGAUAAAGACGAUGAAUUCGAUGAUGAUCGAUCUAACUACGAGCAAACUGAGCCUACAAUCUCUGGUACCGCUCCCCUUAUAGGCCUCUUCUCAAAGUUGAGGAGCACAAACACACGCUCAAGUCCUUAUGCUCGAAACUCACCAAAAGCUUCUUAUGCUAAGAAGCCUCUAAAUGCACCUAAAACUCCCUACGCCACUUCAAAUGUGCCAUUUAGAUUUAAACACUCCAUAACGGGCACAUGGCAAGACAAGGAUAAAACCGUGUACCAUCACACGGUACUAAUCAAGAACAUGUCCAUGAAAACGGUUAGAGAUCUCAAAUUAAAGAUUGAAAACCUCUCGGGACCAAUAUACGGUCUAAUGCCUACUAGUGAAAAGAACAUCUACCAAGUACCACCUUAUCUCAAAGUGUUGUUAGCCGGUGGUGAGAUGGUGUUUGUUUACAUACAAGGCGGUCCUCAAGCUAAAGUCUCGGUUCACAGCUUUCACUAAUGGACCAAAAAUUCGUGCCACGGUUCAGGCUAGCCGACAAUUGGCUGCCCUAACCAACUCGGAGUUGGGUCGGACCAUACUUGAUCAACUCUAAAUUGACGACAAUUUUUACCUUUUAUAUAUUUCUUGUAGUCCGGUGUACAUUUUAUCAUUAACUCUUAAGAGUGAAUAUUUUGCAAAAAUGAGGCUAAUGUUGAUUGUUGGACAAACAUUUGCCACCCUUCUCUAAGCUAGAAUUAAUUUAUGCAUUUUGAGGAGGGACGUUGUAAAUUUAGAGGCCUAAGCUUUCUUUGUUUGAUGAGUUUUUUUUAUGGUGUGUAUACGGUGAUGAAAUGAAGGCAUCCCAUUACAUCUAAGACCAA